AACAUACUCACUUCAUCAGCGCCUUUUGAACGCAAUUUGGGAAUUGCCAUGCGUAAACUGGCCGUAUAUGCUGUGUAUAACAUGCAUCAAGCAUGCGAACUUUUUCUUCCUUUUAUUGAGCACGGCGUCUGAUGCUACCUUGAUUCCCACCCGACGAUGGCAACUAUUCACUGGUCCCUGCCCCGCUCGGAGCCGCCCCCUCACACAUCUGUAACAGCAACGAGCAUAGUUGCCUGUAUCACCGCCAUAUUGUUCCUACUUUAUAUGUUGUCCUUGAUUUGGAGUUUUCAUAACUCCCAGAAAUCACCCAUCCCCACCAACAAGCCUUCCGGUCAAAAAAUACAGUCCUUUGCCCCGUUUGUCUAUGCCUUCAUGGUCAUCACGGCUCUAGCUGAGGCCGCUACGUCUUCUUGGUUAUUGGUACAGUACCGCAUACACGGAAACUACCCAAAUAUGCUCACACGUACCGGAGCUAUCAUUCUAUUAUCUUCCGCGUGCUGGACAUGCUUAACCGCAGGGCUGUUGACCCAUAUCUUCUUGCAUCCCGCACACCGGUCCCAUCCCGUCUCCUCCGUAGGAUCCCAAGGACUCUGGCUGUUAAUAACGUGGAUGCUUUGGAUUGCCGGCGCUGUCGUAGUCAAUGGAGCUCUUCCUUCCUUGAUAACUAAAGGCAAUUGUCUUUCGAUCGUCUACUGUGGACAGUUACGGACGCUUUUUGCUCUUGCCGUGCUCGAAAUUGUCACCUUUUCCGGUUCUCUCGCCGUUUUAACAUUCCUGAUAUGGUCCUCUGCGCGCAACGGCCAUCGUAUUCACACACCUCAAUGAACUACUCUGAUUUCUAUAUAUAUUUUUGAUUUGUUUCUUCUUCACGAGCAUCUUUCAUAUG